AUGCGAAGAACCUUACUUCAAAAUGAUGUGCCUCUCAUCGAAGGUUAUUGUGAUUUUGCACUUGUUUUCCAAAUACGUAAAUCCCGUACCACCUAUUCUGCCACGAACACAAAGAAAAUGGAAUUCGACGAAAUGGAUUUAACACCAAUAUCGAAACUUCUUGUUAACCUCUCCUAUAUUUCAUCAUCAAGUAUCCCUGUAGUCCUUAUAACAACGGGAUCGAUGAAUCCAAUUCAUCUUCAACAUGUAAACAUGUUUACAAUUGCCAAAAGGCACUUAGAAACUACGUUACAGGACCACAUUGUUGUGGCUGGUUACAUUUCUCCAUCCCAAGAUAAGUACGUAAAGAGCAAGCUGAUUCCUGAAGAAACAAUACUAGAAGAUUAUCGCAUCGAAAUGGCAAAACUUGCAACACAGAACUCUUCAUGGAUAGAUGUUGACACUUGGGAAUCUAAGAUUAGUCCAAAACAUUUCAUUGAUUAUUAUCAAGUUGUCCAAAGACUAGCCACCUUUUUAAACGAAAAUGAGCAGGUAGAACAAAAAUUAUCAGGAAAAAACAAAAUAAAGGUCAUGUAUUUAUGUGGGUCAGAUCAUGUCAUUAGAACGGGUGCUAAAAAAUUGAAUGAGCAUGGGCUCGUAAUUGUACAAAGAAAAUCUGGUGAUAAAUGGAUGAGUGAAUGCGAAAAGAAACUCGUUUCCGUAUAUAAUUAUUCGUUGAAAGAUUUGAAAGAUUUUGUCUUUUUUGUGGAAAAUCAAAAUGAUACAGAAGUAAGUUCCACAAAAAUUCGAAAAUUGUUGCUGGAUGGUAAGAGCGAGUGGGAGAAACUAUGUGAUGCACGCGUUGUGAAAUACAUGAAAACUCAUGGCAUUUUGAUGGCAGAAACUGCCAAAUAA